AUGGAUCGUUCACAGCUGGAGAUUUUCGUUCGGGCGCUGUCCCGCCUGUUGGGAUGGACAUAUAUGGCGAGUUGGUCAUUGUCCUUUUUCCCUCUACCCAUCUCAAUGUGGCGCCGCAAGUCGACCUCAGGUGUCUCCAUCGACUUUAACUUUAUCAACCUACUCGGGUUCACCUGCUAUAGUAUAUACACUGCGACCUUCCUCUACUCUCCAGUGGUUCGGUCCCAAUAUGCGGCCAGGCACCCUGCCGCUGCCGAGCCCACCGUUCGUUUUAAUGAUUUAGCCUUUGCGGCACUCGGGGUGAUCAUGUGCCUUGUUGCAUAUUCGAUGUUUUGGCCUGGCCUCCUGGGGCUGCAUACUCCUCGCCGCCAACGCGUGAGCUGGACUAUGAGGGGCAUGUUUAGUGGCUGCAUAUUAGCGCCCUUGUUGGUGAGCUGCAUUGUGAUGGCUCAAAGCCCCGACGGAGGGAAUGACCCAUUGUCGUGGGCUUGGAUUGACGUGAUCUACGUCUUUUCAUACGACAAACUUGUCAUUACGACGAUCAAGUACGUCCCUCAGGCUUGGUUGAACUACCAGCGGCAGUCAACGACGGGAUGGAACAUUUGGACCAUUAUCCUGGAUCUCAUCGGCGGUAUUUUGUCGCUGCUGCAGUUGGUCCUCGACUCCAGUCUGCAAAGUGAUUGGAGUGGAAUCACGGGAAAUCCCGCGAAGCUACUACUCAGUAACAUCACCAUCUUCUUCGACCUUAUCUUUAUCGUUCAGCACUACAUCUUGUACCGGAAUGCCUCAGACCCCAAGGCACUGCCCGGACCUGAUUCAACUACACCUUUACUAAACGAAUCUAAUCCCUAG